CGGCGCUGUGUGGAGCCGGGAAGACGGCGGGCGGGUAGUGUCCAUGACGAAAUUAGCGCAGUGGCUGUGGGGGCUGGCGCUCCUGGGCUCCGCCUGGGCGGCCCUGACUAUGGGAGCCUUGGGCCUGGAGCUGCCUUCGUCUUGCCGGGAGGUCCUGUGGCCACUGCCCGCCUACUUGCUGGUAUCUGCCGGCUGCUAUGCCCUGGGCACCGUGGGCUACCGUGUCGCUACUUUUCACGACUGCGAGGACGCCGCCCGCGAGCUGCAGAGCCAGAUCCAAGAGGCCAGAGCCGACUUGACCCGCAGGGGACUUCGCUUCUGACCCCCUAACUCCGAUUGCCUCCCGGACAGCCUGUUCUCCCAUUCCCCAUUAAAGGACCAGUUUAUU